UGCCCGACAUUCCUAAGAUUACUAGUUUGGGCUCUAAGGAUUGUAGCAGCUCAAAUUUAUAUCAUUUACUUGUUAGUCGUCGGUGCAUCAACAAGUGAUAAAUACUCGAUAGUUUAAGAUCAGUGUCAUAGUUAAUCCAAACCAGUACUUGCUCAAUAAAAACUUUUAAUUUAACGAUAUGGCGUUUUAUCAACUACAACGACGACUUAGAGCAUUGAAACAGUUACAAUUUGAAUAUUUUGAUCAUGAACGUCAACUUAUUGAUGAACUUGAUGCAUUGGAAACUAAAUAUCACAGAACUUGGGAUAAAUUAUUCAGUAAACGAGGCAGUAUUGUUGCUGGGGAUUAUGAACCAGAUGACGAUGAGUGUGAUUGGGUAAAUGAUGAAGAAGACAUUUGUAAUAAAUUGAUGAAAAGCUUGAAAAUCGAUGAAGAGUGCGAUCUUACUGGUAUUCCUGAAUUUUGGUUGACAGUAUUAAAAAAUGCCAAAAUUAUUGACGGAAUGGUUCACAGCUACGACGAGCCGGUACUAAAAUACCUUUAUGAUGUAAGAAUUGAAUACUUCAAAUCUCCAGAUCCACCGGGUUUUAUGUUUGAAUUUUAUUUCAAUAAAAAUGACUAUUUUAAAAAUUCUGUGUUAACUAAACGAUAUUACACAAGAAAUGAAGUGGAUAAAAACCAUUUAGCUGAUUACCAGGGAAAAGAAAUUUGUAAGAGCGUUGGUUGCGAUAUUCUUUGGAGACUGGGUAAAAACGUUACUGUCAGACGAAUCCAAGUAAAGCGAGGAGGCGAGAAGAAAGUUAGACUCUAUUCAUUCUUCAAUUUUUUCAAACCUCCUGUCAUUCCUGAUGAUACUGAUUACGCUGAUCUCGAUGAGAAAACGAAAAAAAUUUUGAGACUUGACUUCAAAGAUGCAAAUAUUUUUAAAGAUCACAUCAUACCACGUGCUGUAUUAUAUUUUACGGGUGAAGCUAAGGAUGUUGACAGUGAUGAUGAUAUUCAGUCUGAUGAAUCUGACACCGAUGAUAUUAAUCCUGCAAGUACAGUUUGAAAAAUAAUACAAUUAAUGCAGACCAGACCUGUUCUUUCAACGGAAGCGAUGUUUUUUUUUAAUUUAUUUCUGUAUCAAUUGGUAAUUUUAUGAACCUCAAUAAUUAUAAAAUUCAUAAUUAUUUUUUGUAUUAUUAAUAUUUUAGAACUGAAAUUCUUCAUCUUGUGAUAAAUAUAAUAAAUAAAAUUUACUGUAAAAGACAUUUGAAAUAAAAAAAGACAAAUUUUAAA